GCUCGGGAGUAUACGGUUGCUACAUGCAGCGAGGAAGGUUCUAACCGAAAACAAGAUGUUUUUGAUGAUCCUGAUUUUAUUCUUUGUGAUUCUGUUUACUAUUUUGCCGAAAUAUUCACAUAUUAUCGCAGGUUUGAUUGGGAAAAGUGUGUUUAGGUUGACCAAUGAGGAACUAGAUCUGAGGUCACAAGUCAGAGAUCUCAAGUCUGAGCAAGAGUCUGUGAAUAUGGCCGAUGAGUUUGCACGUUACAUGAAGAUACAGCGCAAGAUUGACAAGAUCAUGGGGCAGCUUAAGCAGCUAGGAAGCUCAAGAUCCCAGCGUUUGACGAUGCUGAAAGUGGGCAUCAAGAUUGCAAUCCAUGUUGUUCAUGCCCUGAUAAUGUUGAGUCUGGUGCUGACGUACCGAAAUGAGCCUUUACUCCAGCUGCCGUCCUCAUAUUUCUUCCCCUUCAGUCGAAUUGUUGCCUUCCCCACCGGAGUUCCAGGUGGAGUUGGCAUAGCCUGCUGGGCGUUGGUCUGUAGCACAGUGGUGUUCCGAGCUCGGAGACUGAUUGGGGUGUGAGGAGCCUGGACACCAACCACAGAACCAAUAUUCCUACCAACAAGACACAGUGAUUCACCAUGUGACCAACUGCAGGGACAAACUCCCUCACAAGGUUACUGAUGUCCAUCAGAGUGCCCUGUGGUGGUGAUGAGGGAACAGAUUGACUGCAUUUAGCUGCGGGCUGUGCAAUAGUGGCUGUCACUGUCAGAAUGACAUUUCACUUAAUGAUAGUACUUUUGACUAAUAGCUGUUCAGAGUUUGUUUGUUUGUUAGUUUUGUAUCUGCUUUAGUAGCUGUGUGGGUCCAAGUUUACAGUAGAGAGGGACCAAACUGAUACAAGACAAGUGGUUUUCUGUGUUGCCCUUAAGUGUUUCAAGAGAAUGUAGAUCAGCUGUUCUCUUUUGUUUGAAAACAGAUGUCAUGUUCUGUUAUUUUACACAGCCUCAACUUGAUGGUGGUUGUGUUGUAUGAAAUUCAUUAGGUCUGUGUGCCAUGAGUAAAGCAAGAAGGUCAAGGACAUUAAAGAUACCUCUGUGUGUGAAGAUCUGAUAAACCCUUAUUAGGAGGUGGCAUCAGAUGAACCCUUAGUAAAUCAAAAUGAAGGAUGUGAGGGUUCUUAAGCUAAUCAGAUGUCAGCUUUGUGGAAGAUUCUGCUAAAUUUCUUUUCGACCUUCGGAAAUUCCGAUCUUCAGAAAACCUACACAGAGUUUGAUGGUACUCCCUCUUGGGUGUAGAUGUAAUGUGAUCAUUAACAACAGAGUGUAUAAAAUAUCCACAACAACAUAACGGGCGUAUUUGUGUUCAUUUUGGAGAUACAGAAAUCAGAUAUCCUGGUUGGAAUGCUUCACUCACUCCUACCGUGAAUUUGGAAUGUUGAGUGGCUGGUUAGAAGGUUCACCUGACACCAUCUCUCCCAUGGUGGGUGCGUCCGGCCUACAGGCAGAGGUAUCAUGCAGUGAUACAGGAGGGUUGUGAUGGGAUAUAUAUUGUGGUACAACAGUUGCUGCAUCAAAAUUUAAUUGUUUGUUGUAACACUGUUCAUCUGGGUUGUAAGAUGCAAUACAAAAUAUAUGACCUGAGUUGCAAAUCACCUACUUUGAAUCAUGAUCUCAAUGACAGAGGCAACACUUGGAGAAGUUUAUGGUGAUUGGUGAUGGGAAGCAAAGGACAGUGUAUUAGAUUUCAGGAAAUCCUUCCACAGGUCCAACGACUCUCAUCUUCCUGAGGCAAGGGAGUUCACUGACUUUAUAAGUCCAAUUUCCAACCUUGCCAAACAAGGCUGGAAUUAUGGAGUUAUGUUUUGGCUGGACUAAUGAGUCUAUGCGUAGUCCAAUCGAUAUCGUGGAACAAAAUCGACAUCGGGUUCGUAAACUGCCAUGCAGAUUUUAGUCAAUUGCCAGCUCGGCAUCAACAGGAUAUUUCCCAAAUCUUUACAUGUUUUUAAUCAAGGUGCUCACGUAAUUUGAUGAGCUUCGUGAAGUAAGACACUUUUAAUUACAAUAUAGAUUUUGAUUUAUCAAUCAGAACGUCUUGACUGGGCACCACCAUUUUGUUUGAAGCAAAUGCAAGUGAUAUGAGAGGUGGAAUCUGAUUGGUCAGUAGGAGGGACAUAGAAGGGACAUGACUCAUAAUAGCCACUGGUGACGCUACAAUCGAGCCCAGAAAUUCCAGCCAAGUUCAGCAAGGGUGGAAACUGGACUUUUAUAGUCAGUUGACUCCUUUGCCUUGGGAAGAUGAGCAACUCUAACAUGUCUAAGCCACAUCAGGUUGUUACCAGGGAUCAAGGAACUGCUAGGUACCGUACCAUCUUGCAACAGAAUAAGUUGUCAGUCAGUCAGUACUGUCUGGCUGGGCUGUGUGUAUACUGUAUGUAUACUGUAUGUAUGCUGUGUGUAUGGACGUGACAGGUGAUACCAACUUGUGGUUGUUUAUUGUUCGAAAACACAUGCUCUUUUUUGGAUAGAUAGGGGAUGUGUAUAACAAUUUCUAAAACUUCUUGUGUGUCAAGAGUGUUUAUGGUCAACUGAGGUUCUUUUAUAUAAUUUUCUGGUGCUAUGAAUGCAAUAUCAUAAUUGUACAGAAGUGCUCUUGUCUGAAAACUGUUUACUUUUGGCCUGGCCGGAAGCUUGGUGCUUGUAGAUAGGACAUAUUUCAUCACUAUCACAAAACCAAUACUUGUGUCUAGUUCUAGUACUGUCAGUUGAGACAGAGAGAAUUUAUCUUUUAAUGAUUAGCAUUAAUAAUUGCAACAAGAGAAUCAGAUUUUGAUGUUUAUUAUUGUAUGACAGAUUUUUCGGACCCAAUUGGCUGUAUGUAGGGCUAAAAAAAAAUAGUCUUGGUUCUCAGGCAGCGCCAGCACCGUCAUAAAGUUUGCCGCAAGUUUCGUUUUUAUUUAAAUUUUUUAAGAAAAUGUAUUAAAAAUCCUUAAAUAUUACAAGUCCAACAUGUAUUCCAGUAUUUUACUCAUCAAGGAAUACAUUUAUGUUGGGAGGCCCUUCCCCAGGUGGAUUGUACACAACUGUUUAUUGGUUACAUACUGGUUUGAACAACAACAAAAAAGAAGACACCGCCCACCAGCCCGCCCGCACCAGUUCUUUUAUUUUUUAAGCCUAGGAGAGGGGACCAAGCAGGGAAAGUGGCCAUGACAUUCGAUGACGAAUCACCAACUGUGUCUGUAAGCUUCAUUUCAGCUAUUUUGUUAAUAGAAAGAUGUUUUGUUUUGUGAUCAUUGGGCUGUGGCCCUUUGUCGACAUUAUGAAAACCCAUACGAGAAAUGUCAACAAAAACAAAUUCACAAACUACAACUGGCCUCAACAAGAUACCAUUUUCUUAAAUCAAAAAGGAAGUGAUUACACUGGCAGAGACACCGCAGUUAUCCAAUGAAUUUAUUUACACUUCUGCUGUUGGCAAGAAACAAUUGCGGAAGAGUUGCUUCCCUUCUAUUGAGAAAUUGAUCAAUAUUUAAGUGCUGUCGGCACAUUUUAAAGAUAUAUAAUUUUUCUUUUCUUUUUUUAAAUCAGGGAAAAAUCAGUAAGGCAGAUUUGUAUUGCUAGGGGAAAAAAUUGGUCUGGCCUUAUUCAUAUAUUAUUAAAGACAUUAAGCUUUAUGAAUGUUCACAGAAAACUAUGAUAUAAAUUUGCAGAUAAGAGUUGGAACAGGUCCAUGUGCUUUAAUAAAUGUGUGCAAUCUAAACAUUGCUAGUUUCAAUGUUAUCUACAGGUAGAUUUUAUAUUCAAGAAUACCUGGUUAGUAGUAUAUUUCCGUGUGUACAUCAUGGACAUUGUAUUGAAAUAUAGUCCGCCAACUGUCCAUGGUGAUGUUCGUGGACUGUGAUGAAGGCACGUGUGACCAUCAGUAUAUCGGACUGUGAGAACCUGUCUAGCAUCAGAUCAACUUGGAGAGAAAGAUUGCCUACUUUUACUAAGUUCCAUUUUACAUUAUUUGAAAUGUAUAUAAAUACUUGAAAAUAAAUAUUUUUAUACCCA